UUCAAGAUCCAUCCACGUUUUAGCAUCUAUCAGAACUUCAUUCCUUUUUCUGGCUAAAUAAUGUUCCAUAUUUUGUUUAUCCACUUGUCCACUGAUGGACACUUGGGUUUCUUCUGCCUUUGGGCUAUCGUGAAUACUGCUGCAGUGAAUAUUGGCAUAUACGUGUCUGUUUGAGCCCCAUUUUUUGGGUUAUUAACUUCCAGGACCCGCUUUUGAUACCUCCAGUUCAUUUGCACUCAGGAGCCAGAGUAACUUUUCACCAGCACAAGUUCAAUCACAUCAACUAGCUACCUACAAUUCUUUGCCAGCUUAAGAUAAAGAUGGAAAUGCCCACCAAGGUCUCCAGGACCCCGAACUUGGCCUGCCGGAUUCUCCAAGUCCCUUUGCACUGGGGUUUGCUCUGCUCCGGUCACCUUAGGCUUCUCUCCAUCCUUCUAGGGAGACAGACUCCUUUUGAAUUUCAACAUGCUGGUCCCUUUUUCUAGAAUGUUCACCCUCCCCAAACACCCAGUUUUUGCUAGGUCUUGCUUGGCCAAUUCUUCCUGUCUUUCACAUCCAUCUUGCCUUAAAAUUUUCCCUAACGUCUCUCUUCCUCCUUCGGGCUCAGCUUCUCUCCACUACCCUCUUUGCUCCAACAGCCUCUGGAAGCCAGCGGGGACCCACGGGAUGGUGCUGCCAGCCCCCAGCGCUUGGGGAGUGCUGCUCUCUCCCUGUGCUGGAACCCCCGGGCCCUAGCUCAGAACCUGGCACACCCUAGUGCCCAGUUCAUAUCUAAGCUGGCUGAAUGGAAAGUAUGGGACAGACCUGCAUUUUGAGCAAACAUUAGUUACUGGGUGGCUCCUAAGUGCUGGGCAUCCUUGCCUACCGUCCCAGCCUCAGUUUCCCCGACCUGGAGAAUGCACUCUAAUACGUGGCUUAUUGAGAUGGUUGGGUUUUUAUUUUAAAGCAGAUUUUUAAAAUCAUUGUGUCUGGCCGACUGGGUCCCCCUUGACAAACACUGAUGUUUAGCAUUUGCCACUCCAUCCCCAGACUGGGAAGAAGGGGCUGGGAAUCCAGCCCCCACGGAGCACAGGUGGGACUCAGUGUCAUUCACUUUUUCGGGAUCUCAGCGGCCCACCUCUGAGAGGGUCCCGCGGGAGGCCAGCGGGUUCGCAUUUUCUGUCUCCAGGCCUCCGGGCCACAGUCUGGGCAGUUCACAGCCCUGGAGCCCCGCCCUUGGGUCUCAUUAUCUACGUUUCCGCGUCACGCCCGCAGCUAACUUGGCAGGCCCUCCCCGCGGUGUUCGGGAACACUUUGUGCUUAGCGCCCGCCUGCUGGGCCCUCCUCCCUCCCGCCAGCCCCGCCUGGCCGGUCACCCCGCUCGGUCGGGAGGGUUUGGGUCCCUGGGCCCCAGGAACCUGCACCAGGCGCGCAGCCGCCAGGACCCCCAAGCACUUGACCUCGAUACCCUCUAGUCGGGGCCACACAGGCCGAUCCUCGCCCACGGGCUGGGCGUCCAAACGUGGGUCACAACAGCGCAUAAUCUAGAGGUUCAGAAAGAUGCUGUGGCCCAAUUUCAAACAAAGCCCAAUUAUUAGGUCUCGGUGGCUAUUUAUGCCGGUCCAGUGUCAGAUCCACUAGCGCUGCGGACAACCAAAGGAAGUGUAGUCGGAGCGAAAAGAAACCGGCUUUGGAGCCACCUGACCCCUUUUGAGACUUCCAGGUCAUUGCCGUCCUGGCUGCGUGAGCUUGGGCAAAGCGCCAGAGCUCAGUCUCCUCGUCUGUGAAAUGGCGAGAACUGUGCGCGCUUGGUGACUCUGCACGUGGAUCCCGGCGGGUGGCAGGGACGGCAGUGCUGCGACCCACGCCUCCAGGACCCCACCUUCCCGCGGUCGCCGCUCGGCCCCGCCCCGGGGGCGCCCCAGCCGCACGCUCGGCGCUGGCUCCAAAGUGCGUCACGGGCACCGGGCGCGCUCCUCCCGCGGCCGCCCGGGCGAAGCUGGCAACCGGCCAGCGCGGGCAGGGCCGGGGGCGUCGGGCCCUCUCUGGGGCUGGGACCCGGCGUGGAAGGCGCUCAAGUUGCGGCCGCAGGCACGCUGUUGGGGGCGCCCUCCGCGGCGGGCAGCGCGCCAGGUACCGGCCUCCGCAGCCUCCCGGCGCGAAGGCUACGCUUUCCCUCCUGCCCCCCUCGCUUCCUCCUGCGCGGCGACAGCGGAGAUUUCCUCUCGGGGAAACUACGCGGAUCCUUCCCGGGGCUCCUCGCCCCGCCCCAGCUCUCCGCCCCCUCCUCUUUGCUGGGGAGCCUGGGCUGGCCCGCGCCGGGGAGUAGGCUCUGGCUGCCUGGGCCGGGAGGCGGCGGGGGGCCGCGGAGCCGCUGGCCACCGACUCGCCCCGCCAUGUGACGCAGCCCUCUGCCCUGCGACCCCCCGCGCUCCCCGGGCCCGCGUCCGCGCCCUGCCGCGCGGCGCACCAUGCUCCUGCCGGGACACGCACGCCCGCCGCCCGCGCCCCAACCCGCGCAGCAUCCCGGCCUCCGCAGACAGGUAGAGCCGCCGGGGCAGCUCCUGCGCCUCUUCUACUGCACUGUCCUGGUCUGCUCCAAAGAGAUCGCAGCGCUCACGGACUUCUCCGGUUACCUAACCAAACUCCUGCAAAACCACACUGCCUAUGCCUGUGACGGGGACCACUUGAACCUGCAGUGCCCUCGGCAUUCUACGAUAAGUGUCCAAUCGGCAUUUUACGGGCAAGAUUACCAAAUGUGUAGUUCCCAGCAGCCUGCCUCCCAGAGGGAAGACAGCUUAACCUGUGUGGCACCCACCACCUUUCAGAAGGUGUUGGACGAAUGCCAGAACCAGCGGGCCUGCCACCUCCUGGUCAAUAGCCGUGUUUUUGGACCUGACCUUUGUCCAGGAAGCAGUAAAUACCUCCUGGUCUCCUUUAAAUGCCAACCUAAUGAAUUAAAAAACAAAACCGUGUGUGAAGACCAGGAGCUGAAACUGCACUGCCACGAAUCCAAGUUUCUCAACAUCUACUUUGCAGCCUACGGCAGGAGGACCCAGGACAGGGACGUCUGCUCCUUGGGAACAGAGCGGCUCCCCCCCUUUGAUUGCUUGUCCUACUCCGCUCUGCACGUUCUAUCCAGGAGGUGCUACGGGAAACAGAGAUGCAAAGUCAUUGUCAACAACCUCCACUUCGGAAGCCCCUGCCUGCCCGGAGUGAAAAAAUACCUCACUGUGACCUACGCGUGUGUUCCCAAGAACAUACUCACGGCGAUUGAUCCAGCCAUUGCUAAUCCAAAACCUUCUUUGAAGCAGAAAGAUGGUGAAUAUGGUAUAAACUUCAACCCAAACGAAUCGAGGGUUCUGAGGAAAGAUGGAGUUAUUGUUAGCAACUCUCUGGCAGCAUUUGCUUACAUUAGAGCCCACCCCGAGAGAGCCGCCCUGCUGUUCGUGUCCAGCGUUUGCAUUGGCCUGGCCCUCACACUGUGUGCCUUGGUCAUCAAGGUGUCCUGCACCAAGGACUUCCGGGAGCUGCAUCUCGGGAAGGAGCACCUGGUGCCAGGAAGUGACCGGGCCGAGGAGGACAGUGAGGAUGAAGAGGAGGGGGAGGACUCCUCCGACUCGGAAUUCCCAGGAGAACUGUCUGGGUUUGGUAGGACUUCAUACCCUGCUUACAGUUCCAUUGAGGCUGCAGAGCUGGCAGAAAGGAUUGAGCGCAGGGAGCAGAUCAUUCAGGAAAUAUGGAUGAACAGUGGUUUGGACACCUCACUCCCGAGAAACAUGGGCCAGUUCUACUGAAAACCAGACGCAUCUUGAUGCCAUCGCACUUUCUGAAGACGGAAGGAUCCAAAAUGCCCCUCCGGUUCUGAUGCACUUGUACCUUCUAUGAAGGAGAGUUUGUCAUGUCAUCCAACCUGGUGAGGCCAGGAGGCUAUUAAAGGGAUGUUUCAAAUUGUUUCCAGCACAUUCCAAAAUAAAUCAGGAGGGAAGGAGUC